UCGACCCAGACUUCGCGGAGCGUUGAACACACUACAUUUCUUUGCUUUGGCAAUAGUUGCCAAUAUUUUACGCCGAGAUAUUCCCUUCUCCUCCAUAUUUCGGUGGAAAAGGCUCAAAACUUACCUAUUGGAACUCUUUUUUAAAGAUGAAGAAUUGCUGAUGUUAUGAUGGAAGCUAGUACACUCUCAGUGUUGAAGGUUGACAACACGUCAUCUAUAGAAUCCUGUGAGAAUCAUGAUGCAAACCAAAACUCACCAAGUACAGCAGAACCAUCUGAUGCAGACAAAAAUGCUAUAACCCAACCAGAAAACUUGGAAACAGAACAAUUAUCAGGAGAAGUAAAGAAUCCUGUAGAAGAGGGAGGACUUGAGAAAGAAAGGGGUAUAGAAGUAGACUCUUUUGGACUUGAUUCAGAAGAAAAGAAACAAAGAAGUGAUGUUGAAAAGAGUGAAGAAAAAAUUGAGAGAGAGAACAAGAAAGGAAUCGAGCAGACAGACAAUCCUACAUUUAAUGAUAAAAUUACCAAGAUGGAAUUGACUCACGCUAAUCCUGGAGUUGUAGAAACUAAAAAGGUCCCAGCUUCAAAAUUAGACACUACUAGUUAUGAACUGGAUGGGAGUAAAAUAGGAACUGUUCCUGAGUCUAUUAACAGCUAUGACAGUGAGCCUGGAAUGAAGGAAAAAGAGUCCAAAUAUGUUGAAACUACUGAUACUACUGAUGAUGGAACUAAAACAAUGAAUGAUUUGUCAGAAAAUUCUGAAACCACUCCUGGACAAACUAUAACAAUAAUAAAAGAACACAUGCCAAACACACCACAGGAAAACAACUCAAAAAUGGAUACAACAAUUGGACAAUCUAAAGAAAUAGUUGUUGAGGGCGAAAAUACCCAACAAUGUGUGCCACAGAUGGCAAGCACUUCAUCAAAAGAAUCAGCUGUUCCAUCUCCAAAAGGAGCCACCAAGCCAGUGGAGAGUCAGAGCAAAGGCAGUACCAUUUGGUACGAUGAUGAAGCAGAUGACACAACAGGAACCACUGGAUACAGCACUGCAAUAGUUGGUGGUGUGGUGGUCCGCACGCCCAUUUCUAGCUCGCCUAAGACAGCCAAGAAAUCUGCAAAACAGACCAAAGAACUUUCCCCUUCCAAGCUCAAGCUUGCUUGGGGAUCUCUUUUUGGGAAAAAGAAGUCACCCAAGAAAGCUCCAGGGCAGACAAGUGCGCCAGCACAGAGUACAGAGAAAGUGGAAGGCCAAAUAAGUAGGGACACACAAGAAGUGAAAGGCAAAGACCAAGUUGAUGGCGAAACAUCUGGAAUCACCGUAACCCAGCAAGGAGAAUCUGAGGAGACAAUUGUUAAAGUAAAAGUUGAUAAAGUAUCAGUGAAGGAAGAAGAAAAGUGUGAAGGUGACCAAAUAGGUAAUCUUAAUGCUAAAACAAAUAUCAGUGUAGAAGCAGAAUCUGUUAAAGUCGUAGAGGAAGGUGUCACAGCUACAAAAAUACAGAAGCCCGGGUUUGAAAAUGGAAAGGAGACUUCUCAGGAGGAAAUUUCGACAGCAUUAGGAGAGUCUUCAAAAGUGAAUGAACCCUUAGAGGUGAAAGAUAAAAAUGAAUCAGGCUUAGAACAGAAAGUCAAACCUGGAGUUGACAUCCAGGACGCGCCAGCUGAGACAGCUGUCGAGGUUGCAACCACGGAAACGUCUGAAUCAGUGGAACCAAGUGAUGAUGUCUCAAAAACUACUCGACCAAACCUGCACAAUGCCCAAAUCGACAAUGUGCUGGAGGAGGCUGCACUGCCAAGCGAUGCAACCCCCCUUGGAAAGGAAGAGAUUUCUCCUUAUGUACAGCAUAAAUAUGUUAAGUCAGAAGGGGUCAUUGUUACUGGAGAAACUCCCCCUGGAAAGGAAGAGGUUGCUUCUGAGGAACUUCAUGCAGGUGAUAGCUCAGAUCAGGUUUCCCCUAGUGCAGAGGUAACCAUACAAGUGUCUGAAGCUUCGUCACCUGUCAGUCAAGAGGUAUCCUCCAAUGAGGAAAUUUCAAAGAAGGACAUUUUGUCAGAGCCUGAAACAAUACCAGAUGAGGAUUCGGUGCUGCGGGAACGAAUUCUUGCAAGCCGAGAAAGUGGGGCACGGUCUGUCAGUCCCCCAAAGCCCAGUAAGAUGCAUAUGCGAAUAAGCUACGCCGAGUCCUCCAAAGAUGGUGAGAAGGAGGUGGAGUUGCUUGGCACACGUGACGUCGCAAUGCGACCAAAAUCGACCAAUAAGGGGCCUGCAGAUCACAGGAUUUCUUGUAUGGAACUGAAGGAUGUCGAUUACGAGGGGUGGCUAACGAAGAAAGGUGGUGGGAAGGUGUUCGCCGCGUGGAAGAGGAAGUGGGUGGUGGUAAAAGACCAGCGCUUAUACUACUACAAGACAUCGUUUGACCCUGAGGCUGGGGGCAUGAUCCAUCUUGAUAACUGCGAGUCCACGGCAGCACCGGAGAUGAAGAGGAAGUUCUGUUUCAAAUGCGAAUCUAAAACCAACAAGUCUCACAAUACAUUUUUCGCCGCUGACACCGAGCAGGACAUGCGCACUUGGCUUGACGUGUUGGGGAAAGCAAGCAGAGGGGAGGUCAUUAAUCUUCCUCAACACAGGAAGACCGAGUUUCUGGGCGUGCAAAUGCGCAAGAAGACCAACUCUAUUUCCAGGCGUGCGGGAUCCAUAUUAGGUGUGGGCGGAGCCUAUGAUUACGAUGGUACGAUAGAAAAACACGUUGGUCCCAAGAGACGAGCUUCUUACGGGUCCGCGCCGACCCAGUCAAAACGCAUUUCAAGCUCAGAAGAGGAGAAAGCAGCAGAAGAGGGCUUUGGAGACAAAGCAAUAGAGGCCCUAACACGAGACCCAAAGGAAUCCGAUACAAAUGUAUCUAGAGCCUCUCCCGAUUCUCACUUGCAAACUGUGAUAUCGGAAAUACGGGAACAGAAUGUGGAACUGGUUGAGAGUUCCCCAAUAGAGGCGGGUGUAGAUGGUGAAACACCAGCCCCUGAUGAAAAAUCUACGGACGUUGCUCCUAUCUCCGAGGUUGCUGAUGCGUUGCAAGAAAAGGAAGAGAAUGAGCCUCAAAUUGCACCUUUGUCCGAUGUAAAGGACGCCUUGACAGGGAAGGAAGGAGUAUCUAUACCUGAAUCAACAGAUGCAUCUUUGAAACAGAAGGAACAACUGGCCGAAACUGCCACUUCUACAAAUUCAAAAGUUGAGGUAGACAUACAAGAGGGCUCUACAAAAAUCAUCCCCCUGUCGGAGGAGACCGUUAAAUCAACAGUCACGCAAGAUUCCAAGGAAGACUCGGAACCUGUCACGCCAGACUCCGAACCCGCGCAACCUAACGUGACGGUUGCAGGUGUUUCAAAUGGCGGAGAUUACGUUACUCUUGACAUUGGGGUGGCUGUGACUGCCGUGGAUGGGUCUGGCAUUGCCAAAGAAACUGAUGCGAGAGCAGAGUCUGUGCCAGAUGCGGAGGUAAAGCCUGACCAAGAUUUAAUAGAAAAUAAAGAUCAGUCACAAGUUAAUAAAGACCCUCUGGGAACCAAGGAACAUAAGCAAGAAUUACCUAGUGGGGAAGGGCCUAUCGGAGGUUCUGAAACACCCACUAAGGAUUCCCCCAAAAGUACCCAGCCACAGUCCAAAGCUGACUCUCCCGUCCCCAUUGGGGGAAAAACCAAAUGGUAUUUCACCCUAGAUGAUGAGCAGGGCUGGGUCGAACCGGAACCGGAAGUGGACGCCAAGCGCUCUAGCCUAAAAGAUGACGAGUUGUUGUCCAUGGUGCGGAAUAUCAAGGCAGCGCACAUAACAAUCACGGGUGAACCAGUGCCGGAGAUUGAGGAGAGGAUGCGAGCUAUGACAACUGCCAGUAAUGAAAACAAGGAACUUGUCAAGCUUAACGCCCUCAAACGUUCACUUAAGGAUAAAGAGCGUGAUGUUGAAGCGAUGGAUGAGCUUCUGUCUAACAAACAUCCAUCUCACGAGGUAGUGAGAGAAUGGAUGGCACGCCAUUCGCAUCUCUCUGAUGAGCUUUCAGUUCAUUCUACCGGUGACGACACAAAUACUGUCACAAAUGGGGAGGCGGCCAACGAGGACGACCCCAAACCGGUCACAAACGGGGAGAAAGCCAAUGACAGGCAUACAGACAAUUAUAGCUCUUUUCAUGCUGAAAGUAAGGACGACAAAAUGCUAGAGAAAAUAGCUGCUUCACAGGAAGUUGACACGGAAACACAAAACGACAAUAAUGUAGAAUCAUCAUCAAACGUUGGCAAUGAAGGAGUGCAGUCUGUUAAUGGACACUUGGACGAUAACAAAUCGCUUGACACUCGCCUCUGAAUGGGACCCAGGAAAAGGCCUGGGGGACACCAUGAGCGGUUUAGAUUCCUCUAGACGAAUCUUCAUUUCCACCAGCUUUAGGGAAAGGGGAAUCAUUCUGUUUAUGGGCACGUAGACGAUGACGAAUCGCUUGACACUCGCCUCUUAUGUGGACCCAGGAAAAGGCUUGAGGGACACCAUAGUGGUUUAGAUUCUUCUAGACCCUUCUUUUUUCCACCAGCUUUAGGUAAUUUCUGCAAGAGCAAGAAGAAGCUAAUAGCGACAACAUAGCGAUUAAAUGUGGUUUAGACUAUUCGAAACAAAAGUUGUUACCAACAAUGUUAGGGACUACUGAACAUUGUUUUAGCCCACGGUAAUAGAACUCCAGAUACAGCUCUACAUGUACAAGCAAGUGGAGAAAUAACAGCACGGAGAAGCAGAUUGAUAAUAUUAACAAUUGAGCACUUAGAUGAGAUGACUCUCAACCUAAAACAUGGCAUUUGGAAUCUUUGGCACGCUAUAAACACAGAGAUUGUGUCAGGGGGUUUUUUUUCGACAAAUUCGAGAAAAGCAAAUAUGAUAUUUAGUAGUAUUAUGUAGAAGAUGAACGUGUGUCUUCGUGAUUUCUAUAAAAAGUUUUCUAUACCAUUCUUGACAAAUAAGAUGAUUUGAUAUUCUCUUGAUUAAGUAAACCGUACAUUCCUUUUACAUCACUAAAGUAGAUGCACUAGAGUAUCCACGUGCCAUUGCCCGCAGUGUUUCAUGGGUAUUAAAUAACGAGCAAAUAUUUAAAGCGUUAUUGGUUUAGAAAGCAUUUAUAUUGAUUUAACAUUCACAUGUUUUUCCGAGACCAGGAUUUUGAUAUCUAAAUCAAAACUCAACGAGCCCUUGCGGGGUUUGACACGGUAUCCUAACAUCCAUGGAUGUUCAGAGUGCAAAUGGUGUUUAUAAGUGAAAAUAUUCAUAUGCCGAGACGUGAUUUUAAAGGAAUGAUGACUGGUUUUGAGCUCAUUCUGAUGCCGGUUGUAUUAGUCGAUUUAUGGUAGAUGUAUUUUGAAAUUAGAUUUUGACUUGAGGAGAGAGUCAUUUAAAUUCAUUUAAACAACUGCUAUUUGUCGUACUGUCUUUAAUAGUUGUUUCUACUUUGUUUACUUCAACGAUUGUCAAAGCUGUUGUAUAUAUGUUAAUUUUUAUACACGACCCAAUACAUUGUAUUAAAUAAAAUAUGAAAUUUU